GGCUGUGCAUCACGUGGAGGCAAUACGCCAUGACACUCGCCAUUCGCUGUUUCUUCGCUGGUGAUCUGGAACACACCGCCUCACGGCAUCACCAGCGAUCAAGUCUCUUCGAUAGCGACACCCAGCGCUUCCGCACGCCAUGUCCAUCAUCCUCACAGGCACCGCCUGGUACGCCACCUACAAGUCUGUCACAGACACAUUCCAGAGCGAGUCGCUUCGGGCCAAGGUCAAGUCCGUUUCGCCUGUCCUCCAGACCGCAAUUGCAGGCGCCUCGGCCGGCCUGAUCCACGGGCUUGCAUCGAUUCCCUUCGGAACCCCGAUCAUCCCCGAGACCUUCAAGGAGGCGGACUGGUAUCCCAAAAAGUCGUCGCGGCUGGUACUCAAGUCCACCAUCGGGCACUCGGUGUUCUUUCUGACGUACGAGGGUCUGCGGUCACCGCUCAUCAAGGCCUUUCACAACUCGUACAAGCCCUACGAUCCCAGCUCGCCGGCAAACUACCGCCCCGGCGACCUCGACAGCAUGAUGCUGCCCGGCCACUUCCUUGCCGGCGGCAUCGCUGGCCUGGCUUAUCGUGUAGCCACCCUCCCUCUCCACAACAUCGCUACGCUCUCCCAGCACGGCCACGGCAUCAUUCUCCAGUCCUUCUUUGUGAGCGGCGCCCUCAUGCUCGCCAUCAGCACAGUCGAGAGCGGAAUGAUCUUUGGCAACGAUGGCUGGUGGACAAAGCGGGCCGAUUAGAUCGCGGCGGCCAGCGAGAUGCCCCAACCCAACCCAACGGUCUGGCGACCCUGACGGCCCUGGGUCCUGUGCCCCGCAUCCUCCCAUUUUAUCAGCUCGAUCGUACAUGCAUGGCUGAUUGAAGCUGCGAGGCUCGGUGUAUAAUGAAUACAGGUACUCUGCGCUUUUUGAGGAGG